AUGCCCGAACCACCGCGGCGCAUCGUUCUAGAGAAAUCCCGGACCGUGCGCCGCCGGUAUCAGCGCAGCAACAAACGAUUCCAAUUCAGCGCGUCGCAGAUCGAACGCAUCGAACGAGAGCAGGAACGAGAACGACGGGCCAAGAAACUGCAGGAGAAUGAAAAGAAGCGCAUAGCCAACAAGAAAAAGAAGGCAGAGAGGGAAGCCAAAGCUCGAGAGGAGAGGAGACGAAAUGGUCCUGAUCCUGAUGCGUUUGCGGUCCCGUCAAGCCAGCCGUUGCUAUCCAGAUUUCUCCAGAAACCGAAACAGCCGCAGAAUCCGCAGCCGACAGUUGCGAAUAAUAAUGGGACGGAGGAUGAAUAUACAGAGCCUGACAGUCCGGGGGAUGUAGAGACUGAACUGGAUGACGACCACGGCUCAGGAUCGGGCCUGGACACGGGCACAGACUACUUGUCUGAUCCUACAGUUACGAUAGAUUCGAAUAAAGAGAAUAAUGACACUACGGGACAUGAUGUUUUGGGUGCGGAUAAUGAUAACGACGACGAUGAAUUUUCCGAAUGCUCGUUUUUCUGCGACGAAGACACGAUCCGACAAGCAGAAACGGUUGCGACCGCGUUGGAUACCAAGACCAAGGACACGGAUAGGCAGGAUACACUCAAGGAAGCACCGGAGACGAUGCGACCUUCAGAAAAGCCGAAUAUGCAGCUGUCGGUUGGAGAAUCAUUCCAGGAUGACACGGCACUUCUUCUCGAAGAGUAUGCCUAUGAAUUUGACGAUACAGACGAAGAAUUCGAGCAGGAAUUGCUCCAGCUAGACCCUGUCUGA